UGCUUUUUUUUUUCUUUUCAUGUCUGUAGCACUGAGUCAAGACAACUUAUUUUGUAAGCAGCAGUCUGAUAAGAAAUAGACCAAUCAAAAAAAAUAGCAGCGUGCUUUAUUUGGGAGCUCGAGAUAAUUCCUUUUCAUGACAAAAAUCUGAGACUGUUCUCUUGUUCUUUUCUCCUGUCUGUCCCGCAUUUGUAAUCCUGCGCCUUGCAGAACGAAUCCGCUGGACUGGUGCCUUCCUAUUGAGACGCAAGAAGCAUAGACACAAGCUUGCAUCAGAGCGCAACAACACCCGCUUCUGUCAUUAAAACAAACAAGACAGAAAAACUAGAAAAAUUAGAAACACUUAAUAUUGCCUGUUAAAUCCGGGGUUAACAAAUCGUGGAGGAAGUUGCAUGUGCUGGAGUGAUAGUACUCGACCGGGACAGAAGGAAUGGGAUACCCGGGCAGAGCAGUGAGAGGAUGGAGAGGGUGGAAAGGAUGGACGCUCCUGGUUUGGGUCGCCGCUGUCAGCUUGGUUUUCGCAGACGGACGGAGAGUGAAGCAGCCCAGAUGCCCCGCUGGAUGUACCUGCACCAAAGAUAAUGCCCUAUGUGAGAAUGUCCGAUCCGUGCCUCACACUUUCCCAUCCGACGUGGUUUCACUAUCUUUUGUCAAGUCUGGAUUUAAUGAAAUCACAGGAGGAAGCUUUGUUCACACGCCUGCCCUGCAACUGCUAUUGUUCACAGCAAAUUCAUUUGACUUAAUUGAUGAGGAUGCGUUCCUGGGUUUACCCCAUCUUGAAUAUCUAUUUAUUGAAAAUAACAAAAUUGCAUCGAUAUCCCCAUAUGCUUUCCGGGGCCUGAAAGCACUGAUACAUCUGAGUCUGGCUUACAACAACCUUGAGACACUGCCCAAAGAUGUCUUCAAGGGCAUGGAUGCUUUGACCAAAGUGGAUCUGCGGGGCAACAACCUGAUAUGCGACUGCAAGCUUAAGUGGUUGGUGGAGUGGAUGCACCACACCAAUGCCACCCUGGACCAGAUCUACUGCAGCGGCCCACCCAUUCACCAGGGGAAGAAGCUCAAUGACCUGCUGCCACACUCUUUUGACUGUAUCACAGCAGAGUUCGCCUCCUAUCAGUCGCUGAAGUUUGAGUCCAUUUCAGUGGAGGCCUUCACCUUUGGUAAAGAUCAGUAUGUUGUGUUUGCCCAACCGUUUGCUGGUACAUGCAGCUUCCUGGAAUGGGAUCACGUUGAGAUGACCUUCAGAACCUACGACACCAUUGAAAGCACCUCCACUGUGGUCUGCAAGCCCAUGGUGAUUGACAACCACCUCUUUAUCAUCGUGGCCCAGUUGUUUGGGGGCUCGCACAUUUACAAACGUGACACCUCCGCCAACAAGUUCAUCAAGAUCCAGGACAUAGACAUCCUGAAGAUUCGCAAACCUAACGACAUUGAGACGUUCAUGAUCGAUGGAGAGUCUUUCUUUGUCAUCGCUGAUAGCUCUAAGGCCGGCUCCACAACAGUGUACAAAUGGAACGGCAAUGGCUUCUACUCCCACCAGUCACUCCACCCGUGGUACCGGGACACAGAUGUAGAAUAUUUGGAGAUCUCCAACAAACCCCACCUGAUCUUGUCCAGCAGCUCCCAGAGGCCUGUUGUCUACCAGUGGAACCGAAGCCAGAAACAGUUUGACCGCAGGACUGACAUACCAGAGAUGGAGGACGUCUUCUCCAUCAAACACUUUCGAGUCAAAGGUGAGCUGUUUAUAUGCUUGACAAGAUUCAUCGGGGACUCCAAGGUGAUGCGCUGGGACGGUGCCAUGUUCAAGGAGGCCCAGACAUUUCCUUCCCGUGGCUCUAUGGUGUUCCAGCCUGUCUCCAUCGGCAACUGGCAGUAUGCCAUCUUGGGCAGCGAUUAUUCACUGACGCAGGUCUACCAAUGGGACACCCAGAGGGGCCAGUUUGUCCCAUCUCAGGAGCUGAAUAUCCAGGCGCCUCGUUCAUUUUCUCUGGUUUCCAUUGAUGACCGGGUGUUCCUGCUCGCAUCCAGCUUCAAGGGAAAAACCCAGAUAUAUGAGCACCUCAUGAUCGAUUUGAGUAAUUAAACCCCUCGUCAGUUUAGGACAAAUUAUGCACACUACCAUUCAAAUGCUUUCUUCUAUGAUUUUGUUGAACUUGUCAGUCCCGUUAGAAUCCACCAGCAAUUCCCACCUAAGUUUAAACAAAAGGAAGUUUUAAGCAGAAGCUCAAACUAUCUAAAGACUAAACACAAAUCAGGACCUUUAGGGCAGAUUAGGUUGAGAUGAAGUGCUUGAAAUUCUUACAUUGGUUAUGAUCAUUGAGUUUAUUUUGACAGGUCUGAAAUGGUUAUUUCCAUGACACUGACAAUAUAUUCUACACAGCCCCUGAUGCCUAUGUUUGGCAUCCUGCUGCAACUACUUCAUUUUGAGAAACUCCUUGUAUUUUCAUCAAGAUUCCUUACUAUUUGGUAAUGCCUUAUUCUCCAUUUAAAAAACUUAAUUCCACUCCAAGUGCGAACUGACUAUCUUGGAAAAACAAGCUAUCAAAUCACUGCUUCUGAUGGCAGGUGUCUGGCAUUAGAGACAUACAGUAUAUGUCUCUGCAACUCCAUACAUUGUUUUAUUCCUAUUGCAGGAAUUUGAUAGGAAGGAUUUGAGUUUGGUAGUGCUAAUUAUCAUGCAAAUAGGGAAAUAUUAUUGAGGGACAGAGGCAAAAUGUGUUCAGAUAGAAGUGUACAGUUUUUCUAGAAAAAUUACAGGCACAAGAGACAAAUUUUCUUUAAUUUACAUCUUCUUUAAUUUAACAAACCACUUCAGGAAAAUUGACUUCAGAGCAAAAUAACAUUACAAGACAUUAUUCAGCUUGGAAUGUAAGCUACUGUGAGGUAUGUUGACGUUGUUUACAAGCAAUGGGGUUGUCUAUGUAGGUCUCUGUCGCAUAAGAGAGACUUUUUCAAAUUGGAAUCUAAUCCAAGUUUAAUGACAACGCAACAGCAGCACUGUAGUUAGCGGUGUUAUUUUGGUACUAUAAGACCAGAGCUGGAAAAUAAUACUAGUUUCCAACCAAACGCAGGUAAAAAUUGGACUACUUACAAAGAGUUAUGUCCAUUCUUCUAGCGCAAUUUGGCAGCUAGUCCACCUGUGUUCCAUCAGUCUUUUGUAGUUACUUUACACUUAAAGAAGUGACCCUAAUGUAUGGAAUGAAGUAUCCACUAAACACUGUGAGAAAUUGAGAUAAAAAACUUCUUUGUCCUGUCUACUCUAUGACCGUCAGUUAAGCAAGACUGUAUGCAUGAUACAGACACUCACAGUGUUGAUUCCUGAUGAAUGACUCGCUAGAAGCGUCCCACUGUGCCACCUGGCCCUCCCACUUUCACUGCACUCUUGCCCCUUUUCUCCCUCAUUGACAAAACCAUUGUUGUGUUUACUCCACAACUAAAAAGCCAACCACUGUGCAGCACCUAGUACCUGUGCUUUCACAAGGUCCUCUUAUUCUGACACAAAGGAAACAGAAGUCUGAUAACAAUUAACCACUUCACUGACAACAAUUUGCCAAAUAUAAUGUUUACGUUUUUACAAGACUGUGUAAAGUAAUUUAUAUGAUGUUGCUUUUGUAUGUAUGAGGGGACCACACUCAAUGUUUUAUUUUUCAUCGAUAUAGAAUUUAGUGUAGAUGUAAAAUUAAAAAAAGCAAGGACCACCUCCUUAAAUGCGGUGUAACAUGCUACUUCUGCAAAACAGUAUAGGCUUACUUGUGUCAGUCUCAUCUAGUUAGGUAAGGGUAGAGGAUAUUAGCCAUUCCUUUGUCAUCUUGCUCAUUGUAUUUUAUGUACAGUAGUAAUAAAAUACUAAAAUGCUAAA